AUGUUCAGAAUCAGUGGGCAAAAAGGCGUUCACGCUUUCAACUUAUUCAAUUGGAAAAGGCGUAGUACAACAUCUCUAACCACUGGGCUUCUUAAUGACGAGCCUCAUGAAAUCGAAUUGUCCGAUUACCACAAAGCGCCUAGUCACUGCAGUGAAAGCCCGUCUGGGUUUCUUGAUGGAGAGAUCUUAAAUUCAGAGCCGAUUGACGACUUGGAUCUGUUCUUCGAGAGGGUUUACAACUAUUACUGCGAGAAGGGUCUUUGGUGCAUUAUCAUUAAGUGGGUGUUUGAGCUUCUAAGCUUGGCUUUCACAAUAUGCUUCUCUGGAUUUUUUUUGCUUUAUGUCGAUUGGAAUGGCCUUCGAAAUGCGAAGUGUGGGAUGGAUGCCAUCGAGUCGGGUAUCAAACCUUGUGACCUGUCCAAGGAAGCUUUGCAUGAGCACCCACUGACUCCUUUUACUCUCUCGAAGGCUAUAAUUCUAGGGUAUUUGGGAAUCUUUUCGAUCUACUGGAUUUUCUGCUUUCUGAGGUUCUUUGCACAAUUGAAGGAGACUCUAAAGAUCCGUCGAUUUUACUACAGCAGUCUACAUGUCACGGAUAAUGAAAUCCAGACUAUGCCAUGGUCUUCGAUACUUGAGAAAGUCGUCCACGUGCAGCAUUCACAGAAGCUAUGUGUGGUGAAGGAUCUUUCUAUUCACGAUGUGGUGAUGAGGUUGAUGAGAAAAGAGAAUUACUUGAUUGGGAUGCUCAACAAAGGGGUGCUUUCCUUCCCAAUGUCUUGGUGGGUCCCGGGUGCUGGCACAACUAUCAAUGUCGGCUUAAAUGCUGCACAGCAUCGUCUGGUUCUGCCAAAGACCCUCGAGUGGACCUUGAAUUGGUGCAUACUGCAGAGCAUGUUCGACAGAAAUUUCUGCAUACGAAGGGAUUUUGUUUCUGAUCCUAAUACAUUGAAGAAAAGGCUUAUGAUAGUCGGCUUUGCACUGCUUCUUCUCUCCCCAUUCCUUGUUAUUUUCAUGCUGGUAUACCUCUUUUUGAGGCACGCCGAACAAUUCUAUAAUCAUCCGAGUACUGCAUCAUCUCGUAGAUGGUCAAAUCUCUCUAAAUGGAUGUUCAGGGAAUUCAAUGAGGUUGACCAUUUGUUCAAGCACCGGAUGAACAGCAGCAUAGCACACGCCUCGGAUUAUUUAAAACAGUUCCCUUCACCUAUCUUAUCUAUUGUUGCAAAAUUCAUCUCGUUUGUUUCCGGGGGUUUUGCUGCUGUGCUCAUAAUCAUCGCAUUCCUCGAGGAGUCUCUUCUGGAAGGCCAUAUAUUUGGUCGGAAUUUAUUCUGGUAUGCGGCCGUUUUCGGGACUAUAACGGCUAUAAGCCGAGCUGCCAUGAUGGAUGAGCUUCUGGUCCUCGAUCCGCAAGGGGCCAUGACCCUUGUUGUUCAACACACGCACUAUAUGCCGAAAAAAUGGCGCGGGAAAGAGCACACUGAGACUGUUCGUCUCGAGUUUGAAACUCUUUUUCAGUACACAGGGAUGAUGCUAAUGGAGGAGAUGGCCUCGAUUUUUCUCACACCUUAUUUACUUUUAUUUGUUGUUCCUAAGAGAGUAGAUGACAUCUUACAAUUCAUUAUGGAUUUCACUGUGGAUGUUGAAGGUGUAGGUCAUAUUUGUAGUUUUAGCCUGUUCAAUUUCAAGAAUCAUGGAAAUCGGAAGUAUGGAUCAACAUACAGUUCGCCUUGUGAUCGGAGGAGUUCACAGGGGAAAAUGGAGAAGUCGUUUUUGAGCUUUCAGAUUGCCUAUCCUUCUUGGGAACCCAAUCCCGACGGGAAACAAUUCUUGAAGUCUCUAAAAAAAUUCCGAGACCAAAAGCUGCCAGGUCAUCAUCGAACCCACAGCCCGAACUACCGAAACCUAGGGUCGACCGAUCGGAACAGCUUCCUCUUCUCGAGAGAAAUGAACCCUACGAGCAGCCCGCAAAAUCUCCGCUCGUCAGAAUCCACAUGGCUGAUAGAAGUUGAACACAAGAAUUUCCCUUACAUUUUGGAUUGGUACUACACCUCUCAAAAUCAUGACAGAAAAGAAAAAGACGAGGAGAAUCCGACAACACCACCCUCGGGAAAUUACGAAAACGCCCCUAAGGACGAGUUUUGGACCCCCCCACCAAACCUGAUCAUCCGACACAACCCGAAAUAUGACGAGAACUGGGAUGAUGACGAGGACCCGUUCGAGGACCAUCGCCACCUGGAAGCAUCCACGUCAGCGCCGCUUUUCCAGGAGAGCGUCUUGCAGCAUCACGAACCGGACGGCGCAGAGAAGCCCGCGAGGAGCCACUGGUGGGCCCGAACCCAGCUGCAAGGCCCGGGCCCACAAACGAGCUUCCUCGAGCCCCCGAUUUUUUACCGGGAGGCCUCGCGCGAAAUUUACGAGAACUUCUCGGACAGAAGCAUGGAGGAGCAGGAAUUGGAGUUAGGGAACUCGAGACUAGGCGGGACUUUCUACAUGGACGAUUUAGGCAGUGGGGAUUUUAAUCUUCCUUUCGAUGAUAUUUAUGGGGACCGGCUGGAAACCUUCGCCGGAGAAGAAACGGACCCGGCGAAUCUCGUGUGA